AUGGGGACUGGAAACUACACAGCUGUGACAGAGUUUAUUAUUUUGGGGUUAACAGAGGAUACUACAGUUUGUGCUAUUUUAUUUAUUGUGUUUCUAGGAAUCUGUGUUGUCACCUUAAUGGGUAAUGUCAGCAUAAUCAUGUUAAUCAGAAGGAGUCCUCAUCUUCAUGCACCCAUGUAUCUUUUCCUCUGCCAUUUGGCCUUUGUAGACAUUGGGUACUCCUCAUCGGUCACACCUGUCAUGCUCAGGGGCUUCCUCAAGAAAGGAGCCUCUGUCCCUGCUACUGGCUGUGUGGCCCAGCUCUGUUCUGUGGUGAUGUUUGGGACAGCCGAGUGCUUCCUGCUGGCUGCCAUGGCCUACGACCGCUACGUGGCCAUCUGCUCUCCCCUGCUCUACUCCACCCACAUGUCCCCCAGAGUCUGCAUCAUCUUAGUGGGAACUUCCUACCUGGGGGGAUGUGUGAAUGCUUGGACAUUCAUUGGCUGCUUAUUAAGUCUGACCUUCUGUGGGCCAAAUAAAGUUAAUCACUUUUUCUGCGACUAUUCACCACUUUUGAAGCUUUCUUGUUCUCAUGAUUUUACUUCUGAAAUAAUUCCAGCCAUCUCCUCUGGCUCCAUCAUUGUGGUCACUAUUUUUGUCAUAGCCGUCUCUUACAUCUACAUCCUUAUCACCAUCCUGAAGAUGCGCUCCACUGAGGGGCGCCACAAGGCCUUCUCCACCUGCACCUCCCACCUCACUGCGGUCACUCUGUUCUAUGGGACCAUUACAUUCAUUUAUGUGAUGCCCAAGUCCAGCUACUCGACUGACCAGAACAAGGUGGUGUCUGUGUUCUACACGGUGGUGAUCCCCAUGUUGAACCCCCUCAUCUACAGUCUCAGGAACAAGGAAAUCAAGGGGGCUCUGAAAAGACAGCUUGGAAGAAAAAUAUUUUCUUAA